AUGGACCCUCGCCUCGGCGCUGUCUUCGCAGCUAUAAACGUUUCCUCGACGACCGGCCUGCAUCCUGUCUGCGCUUCUUCCCUCACGGCGGUCCAACCCACGACUACGGUGGUCAACACGACUGAUCUAGUCCAGUCCAGCUUCUCUCCAGGCCAGACGUUCCUCUCUUCCUCGUUUGGCCAAAGUCUUCUCAACGGCGGUGCCACCUCUCCACCCGAACUCCCAAUCAUUCAUUCAAGAGCCACCAACCAUCAUUUCCUUGAUCCUUCGACUCUAAAUCUAGCCAAACUUGCGCCCGAGACUCUGCAGAAUCUCAACAAACUUGUGAGUCAACCGGUCGAGAACCUUCGAUCAUCCCCCAUUCUGACUUACCUGAGGGGUGCUGUGGUCCAGGCCUUAUCGCAAUCGGGGUCCAGCUCCGGAACCUCGACUCCAGAUGAGCCCCCGGCCCUUCCCGAGAUGUCUCCCAUAGUCUCGUCGAGCGAGAUUAUGCUUCCUGAACCAGUGCAAGAUGUCCCUCGAAGAAUUCGAAGGCGUCGACCGAAGAGCCCAAAGGCGGUCAACAAGCCAAGCCCCAAGAGGAAGCCCGACGACGAUGAGGUUGGUUUACAAUUAUUUUUACACCCAUAUGGCAUGAAAAUUUAUUCUCGAGAUCUCAUAAUAGGCCGUAACCGCCAUGGUAAAUAAUAUUAGGGGGUAUUUGAGAUGAAGAGAGCGGUCAUAGAAAGAACUGUUUUUGUUAUUCAGGGCUUUCUCUCAUGACCUUAUAGAGACUAAUUACAAAAAUCUGGUCGACUAAACCGACCAGAAAUCUUGUCAUUGUAAUUGUAAUGCGUCGGUGACAAAGUAAAUGCUUCUAGUCACUAUAAUAACGUCACCCUGCAAACAACUUAAAACAAAGACUAUUAAAAAUACCGCAAUAUUAAAACUGAGGUGUUGCGUCAUCAUGGAAGUAAGUACGCUGAUGACGAAAUCGGCUGCACGAUAUCUCACUAAUAUGUCCUUGUUUUACUGGGCAACAGAUCCAUUAAAUAACUUCAACAAUCAUAAAAACCGAGAGAAAUUAUUUAGAUAAUUGUAUGAAUUCGGUAAAGACAUCCAUGAAGAUUCCGCCUUCAAAUUCAACGGUUGGAUUCCGAUAAAGCAACAAUCUAUAGUCGACAGCAAUCUCCCAUUACAAUUGUCAAAUGGGAGGGGAAGAGGCUCGUAAUAACACCGACAAUUAAUCGACAGACGGCUAAAUUAUAACCUGGAGGUGUUAGCAGAGGGGUGUGGGGGAAGGGGAUGGCACUCCAAACGACCAACAACUCCCUCUGAAGCCGGCGUGCCCGAUGGGGAACGGUCUCUGAUGGUGAUGUAUGGAGGAUGACUGUAUAGUCGAGAGCAGCGACGGUUUUUGAGGCGUUUUUUGAGAUAGUUUUGUUUACCGGAAAGCCCUCAUCAGGGGGACAGUCCCCCAAUGGUCGGCCGCCGGGGUUGUUGUUGUUAGUUGAUUUGCGAGUGCGCCAUCGAAAAACAACCGUCCCGCAGUCCUGGGCUCUGUCUGUUUUUUUUGUUGUUUUUCCGUGCCGCCCCAACCGGCCCAGUCCAGGGUGUUUUUUUGCGAAAACAGCCCUCUAAAAUAUUUUUCUUCGAUACUUUAUAGUAUCACUCUGUUGUACCCGCCAUUUUCAGGGUUAGAUGCGUUUGGAUUCGGGUUCUGAUUUGUUCAACAUUCUCGUUUUUCACACAUGAAAAAAACAUAGUGGGUAGAGAAGACAGAUCUUGGGUAUAAGUGAUUUAUGUCAUUUUGUUACCUAACUAUUUUUGAAGGUACUGUACUUUCUUUAUCCUUGAUUGGGGUUAGAAUCAGAGUUGUGAUGCUGGAAGAUACCAUCUACCUCCUUGUGGAUACCUUAGCCCACGCGUUCAUAUCUUGUGUCCCCUGGACUUGUUUUCGAGGUGGUUGAGCGUCAGGUCUUCCCCCUCCCUCCCAUUCCCCCAAAAUGAGCUUGUUUUUCACGAGACCCUGUAGCUGUUUUUUGUCAAGAGAGUGCACCCCCGGCGGAGACCCCAGACAUACCGUAAUCCUGUUCGGUUUUUUAUUCGAGACAAGUUACCUGCUCGCAAGGUGUACUGUUCUCGCCGUCGUUCUCUUCAUCAUUCCGUUGUUUAAGAUUUCUUCGCCAUCGCUGACUGGAACGUGGGCGGCCCAGGCCGCCGAGAAAUGCUUGGCCUAAACAAUUUUGGAGCAGCUGGACCUCGUCAAGCUGUGCAGUGGAAUGUUGCAAACGCAUUGGGCAAGGUGACUAGCUUCACUCCAUAGUUUCCCAGUUAUUCGAGGGAUCUCUCUUUUCGGGAGCUUUCCAGCCAAUCAGCGACCAGCUGGAAGGCCGAGGGGAAUCCAGUAGAUUUGCGAAGAUAAACAAGGGUCUCUUUAUCAAUAAUUAGUUGUUUAAUCGUGGGCAUCUUUUGUUGUUGUUGAAAGCGCAUAGGAAUUCCUGGUGUGUUUCGAAUUGCUGUAGGGCGAUCUGAUGCCCUCAUUGAGAUGGAAUUUUGACUUAGAAACUACUCUGUUAAGGCGUUAUGGCCAUAAAGUGGGGAGUUGUCACGUCAAAUUCGCAAUAGGGCAUCAUAAAUUUCUGCAAGUUUGUGGGGGUUUUCAUUUCAAGAAAACAACGCCAAAAUUUGCAUAAAAUUUCGAAAGUUUACUGGAAAGUGCACGUGGAAACAACAACACGAUUGAUGAAACUCCAUUUUCAGCAGCAGAUGAACACGCCGGACGACCCGGUGAUCCACUCCCCGUCUUCAUCCCGCGCUAUGUUUGGGGCCAACCCCCUUCUGAUGUCCUCAGCCAUGGGCGGUAAGUCCUCUCCUGCCCUUGAAUCGUCCUCUUCAGACCCUCAGGACAACAGCGAGGAAUCACGUCGACGACAAAAGACAUGUCGAGUUUGCGGCGACCAUGCCACCGGCUACAAUUUCAACGUCAUCACUUGUGAGAGCUGCAAGGCCUUCUUCAGACGAAACGCACUUCGGCCCAAGGUCAGUGUGGGUUUAUCUAUGACGAAUAAUGUUCUUCUUCAGGAGUUCAAAUGUCCUUACUCCGACGACUGCGAGAUCAAUGCUGUGAGUCGGCGUUUCUGCCAGAAAUGUCGACUUCGAAAAUGUUUCGCUGUGGGCAUGAAGAAAGAAUGGAUUCUGAACGACGAACAACUCCGCCGUCGCAAGAACUCUCGUCUGAACAGCAUGAAAGGGAUGGCCAACAGUCCCAACUACAGUCUGAGCCCUCAUCAACUCAUGCAUUCUCCACAAUCCAGCAUUAUGAUGAAUAGAAACCCCGCCGACGUGAUGGCCCAGGUCAAGACCGAAGUCUCCGAUCAACCUCACAGCAGUCUCAACGAAUUCCGACUUCCGUUUCAACAGAAUUACGACCUGCAGCAAUUCCUCCAAUCCGCAAAUCCCACGGCCUCUCCGGCCAGUUCUGGUUUCAACUCUCCAAGUCUAAUGCAACGAAGACAAUCGGAUCUGGCCCUCAGUCCAAUUAGUCAAGGCCCCUCCUCAAUAAACUCUCUUCUUUCUCCUCAAAGUGUGGCUAGUCCCGAAUCUCCAGUCACGAUUCUGGGCAAUCAAGUCACUUCUACCGAUUUAAACAAGCAGAUCCCCCCGUUAUCCGAUAUCCAACAUAUGAUGAAACAGGGAUUCUCUACAUCCGACGACUAUUCACGAUUUCUACAGUCUGAAAGCAAGGUCCCUCAUCCCACAGCUACCUCCGGCUCUGCUUUUUCAACUCCGUUUAAAGUAGAUAUGGUCAUGUCUUCCAGCUCUCAGCCUUUGGGUCAGUCUGGUUGCGGAAGUGAGGCCUCUUCAACCUACUCGAUGAAUGGAAAUCAGAGCAACGAAUAUGAUCCAUACAAGACGUUCUUCUCGAAGGAUGCUGGGAAGUUCUCUCCGUCUUCCCUGUUCCCCUUCCUCGACAUGUCUCCGGAUGGAUAUCAGAAGAUGGCUGACACUAUUCAUGAUGAGCUUCAUAAUGUUUCGGGAGAUAUUCCGUUGAAUGGCCCUGCUUCUGUUGACGUAAGUUGUUCACAACAAUAUCUUCUUGUCAUGUUUUUGAUUCGUGUAAAUAAUAGUUUUUAUUUCAGUUUAAGACGGUGAAUCACAACGAGCCCGCCUCUCAAUUUCAACUGAAUUCAUCGGAACUCUUCGAGUUGGACGUGGUCAGAAAUGCUUAUUCUUGUAUGGACGAACCUCUGGCCGACCACAAAUCGAAGGCAUAUCUGACCAAGAAGAGUCAUAACCCGGCGGAUAUCAUGAACAUCAUGGACAUCUCGAUGCGUCGUUUUGUGAAGAUGACCAAGAAGUUGCCUGCGUUCAACACUCUUAACGCCGAGACCAAACUCCACUUAUUGAAGGCUGCUAUGAUUUCCCUCCUCACGCUCAGAGGCGCCACCAGAUUUGAUGUUCAGAAGCUCUGUUUCACAACACGGAUUUCUGGACAGGCCAUUGACAUCAGUUUAGACAUGUUCGACAAGCUCAAUGAAAAAAAUCAAAAAAUGAAAUUUAUCAAGUCAGUUUGGGGAAUGAGGGGUAUAAUAAGAUCACAUUAAAUUCUAAAUUUUUAUUCGUCCUUUUCAGAUUUUGCCUGAAUAUGGAUGCAAAUCUGCGUCACAAUGACACAAUUAUCAAUCUGAUGGGUCUGGUCGUUCUGUUUAGGAAUACAAAUGUCAUUACGAUUGAGAGUGACAAACAACUCACAAAAAAGUACCACACUCUCUACAGUAAUCUUCUCAGACGGUAAAUUUUUUUUGGAACUGGACUACAAUGAUGUGUGUGACUAAUAUUUCUAUUUUUAGGUAUGUUGAAUCGAUUCAUGCCCAAGAAUGUAUGCCCAUCAUCGAAUCGAUCCCCAAAACUCUGGAAUGUCUUCGUGAUAUCAGCAGUUCGGCCGAGAAUCUGUAUGUAGGCAAAGUGAGCUCGGACGAGAUAGAGCAACUCCCAACCGAAUUCUUCCGAACCGAGUUCCUAACCGGUGUCUCGAGCAGCUCGUCUCAACCUGCGGCUAGCCAGGAAGGCACACUUGAACCUGGGUCGUCAACAAAAGUGUGAGCAAGGCCUUUGUUUUCCUUAUAAUCCAUCCAAGUCUAUAUUGUCGUAAAGUUCAUCCCUUGGUAGUCCGUUUGUAGACCUCUUCUUUUUUAUCAGCCCAUUUUUCAGUCCGUUCUAUCCUACCUCCCCUUCUCAAUUAUUCGGUGAAUUCAACGAUUUUUUAGUCCUAUUUUAUUAA